AUGAAUGUGAGGUUUGAAUUCACAACAGUCUAUGGAUUGCAUACUGUGGAGGACAGGAGAAAAUUGUGGAGGGAUCUACUGCAAGUCAAUAGCAAAGUACUUGGGGCAUGGAUAAUCAUGGGGGACUUCAAUGCCAUAAGGUCUAGGGAGGAUAGGCCAAUUGGGAAUCUUGUACAAGAGAUGGAAGUGAAGGACUUUAAUAAAUUUGUGGAGGAUGCUAUUUUGGCUGAGUUGAGGACUAAUGGUAGAAGCUUCACAUGGACAAAUGGUCACACAUACAGUAGGAUUGAUAGGGCAUUGGUUAAUGCUGAGUGGAUGCUGAAAAUGCCUCACCUAGGGGUAUGUGUAAUGGAUUCGGGAUGUUCUGAUCACUCACCAUUGAGCAUUACAUUUGAAGACAAAGAAGAAUCAAGGCCUAAGCCUUUCAAGUUCUUGAACCAUCUUGCUGAUCAUAAGGACUUUAUACAGAUAGUAAAUAAAGCUUGGAAAGAAAGUAGCACAUAUAACAAAAUGAGAGAUGUUUGGGAAAGGCUGAAAAAGGUGAAGCAAGCCAUGAAGAAAUUGAAUGCUGAUGAAUAUAAUUGCUGUAGGAGGAAGGAUCACAGAAUUCAGGGAACAACUAUGCAUUCUGCAAGAGCAAAUGAGAAAACCUGGUCAAGUAGAAAAUAUGAUUCUAGCAGAAAAAAGAGUUAA